CCCUAUCUUAUUAUGAAUGGCCAAUCCUGCUAACGUACGCCAAAAUGACCCCAGACCCAAACCCUUAAUAUUAGGCCUUGACCCUCCCACUCCGUCAAAUGACCAACCACUCAACCCCCUAAUACUAGGCCCUGGAACUCCCAAGUCACCAGUCUCAAAGGACGACCAAGCACCAAACUCUUCUUUGCCAAUCGUUUGUGAAGACCAGCUAACCAACCAACCACACCCACAACCGCAACCGCCCACACCCACCGUUCUCUCACCGUCUGUAAGCGGUGGAACAUCGGGAAGACACCCGUACUAUCGAGGAAUCCGGUGGAGAAGCGGGAAAUGGGUAUCUGAAAUACGUGAACCACGUAAAACAACGCGUAUAUGGCUUGGUACGUACCCGCAACCAGAAAUGGCGGCAGCCGCCUAUGAUGUGGCGGCUUUAGCACUAAAAGGGGCCGACGCCACCCUUAACUUCCCGGAUUUCGUUCUUUCGUAUCCCAUUCCGGCGUCUUCAUCGGCAAGUGAUAUAAGGGCUGCAGCCGCAAGUGCAGCUGCCCUUAGAGCUCCAAGGCCCGAAGCUGGUGGACCAAGUGGGCCCGAAAAGGAGGAACCGGGGCAGCCAGAGGAGGUGGUGUUGAAUACUGAAACAUCGGGCCAGGAAUUUAUGGACGAGGAGGCACUGUUUGACAUGCCGAAUUUGCUGGUGGACAUGGCAGAGGGUAUGCUUGUAAGCCCGCCGAGGAUGAAGUCACAGUCCUACGAUGAUUCGCCGGAGAAUUCUGAUGGAGAAAGUCUCUGGACCUAUUCUUGAAGAAGGUCCCUCCAUCAUAAAUUGAUAGAUGGUAAAAAUAGAAGUAAUAGUGCCAUAGCUUCAUUAUUCAGUCUUUCUAGGUUACGUCAAUCAUGUCGGAAUGGACCUUCCCAGUCCCCCCCGCCUUCCCCUCCUUUUCUUUUUUAUUUUUUAUUUUUUCAGUUUGCCGGGUUUGAAUUAUGAAGCUUGUUUUCUUUUUCUGUCUUUCCUUUCAAUAUUUUAGAGCUGAUUGGGUUGCUUAGAUUUCAAGUUACCAAGUUAUAUGAAAGGUAGUGAGUUUUGCUAUAAGGUUGCUAGUUCUACGAAUGCUGAAUGAAGUAAUUUUUCCGAA